AUGGGACCUGUGGAAAGGAGAUGGAUACUUCAUAAUCAAGAACUUUGCAGCUGCAGUUUGGAAAGAGCAUAUCUAUCCCUGUCUUUACCGAAGCUCGAAUUGAAGGAGAAGAAAGAACUAAGUAAGGCGACUGAUAAUUUUAGUCCUGCCAAUAAAAUUGGAGAGGGUGGUUUUAGUUCUGUUUACAUGGGACGACUGAAAAAUGGAAAACUUGCUGCUAUAAAAGUUCUUUCAGCUGAAUCAAGACAAGGGGCGAAAGAGUUCUUGACGGAGAUUAGUGUGAUCUCUGAAGUAGAGCAUGAAAAUUUGAUGAUCUUUUCCUCUUCUCUUCAGUUGGAGGUCACAGUAGUAUCUACUUUGAUUGGCGAACACGAUGUAAAAUAUGUGUUGACAUUGCACGCGGGCUUGCCUUUCUGCACGAAGAAGUCAGGCCUCCCAUCAUUCAUAGGGAUACAAAAGCAAGCAAUAUUCUCCUUGACAAAGAUCUUACACCGAAGAUUUCGGAUUUUGGUCUUUCAAGCGGAUAUAUUUUUAGCACCUCAGUUACAUGUUGCAUCUAAGAGAUUCAACAUUCACAUGCUUCAGAGAGCAUGGAAGGCUUUGAAUUGGACUCAGAAGUUGAGUUUAUUGACGAUAGUUAUCCGUGGAAUAACAUCUUCAUCAGAGAUUUCUACAAAUAAGCUUGAGAAAGCAAGUUCAGAUGAUGCUACACUUCAGCCUUAUGAGCAGCUCAGUUUUUCAUAUCCAUCCUUAUUGCCACCUCUUAUACAUGAACGGGAUACUUAUCUUGCAUGGUCUCUGAAGCGGAGCAAGGCUGUGAAUAACUGUAAAAGGGUGGUAGGUGUGAUUGGAAAAGGCCACAUGGAUGGUGUAAUAUAUGCACUGUUAGCCGAUACAGGGAAUUUGAGAUUUCGAGACCUUGCUGGGAAAAAUUCAAAUGAUGGGGGUUCUAAUGGCUGGAUUGAUGUCAUUAAUUUAAUGGUUCUUUAUAGCUUAGGCAAUUUGAGUCUCUAUCCAAUUUUCUAUACCACUAAUUGACAAAACAGCCACUGUAUCAUGGUGAGAGUGGAGUAGACCAACUUCUGGCAGUGAAAGAAAAUGGGCUCAAAUAGCUGAGAAGUUAGAAGGAAGGGUUGGCAAGCAGUGUAGAGAGCGAUGGCAUAAUCAUUUGCGUCCUGAUAUUAAGUUUAGAUAUAUGUACCAAUUUUUUUAUUUCAUAUAAUUUUUUAUUACAAGUUUUGUGCUUUGAAUUUGACCCUAGGAUUAUUUUUUAUUUCAUAUUAACUGGAAUAAAUUAUUUUUGCAUAGUAGUAACAAAAGCAGUUAUGCUGUCAUGUAUAUAAUUUGAAGUCAGAUUGGUUAUCAUGGUAACAAAUUUGUUAUG